AUGGCGCCGAAAGAAGGUCCGGCCAUAGGAAUCGAUCUCGGGACCACGUACUCGUGCGUCGGGGUAUGGCAGCACGACCGCGUGGAGAUCAUCGCCAAUGACCAGGGCAACCGGACGACGCCGUCCUACGUGGCGUUCACCGACUCGGAGAGGCUCAUUGGCGACGCGGCGAAGAAUCAGGUCGCCAUGAACCCGACCAACACCGUUUUUGAUGCUAAGAGGUUGAUCGGCAGGCGAUUCACAGAUGCGUCAGUACAGGGCGACAUGAAGCUCUGGCCGUUCAAGGUCAUCUCUGGCCCCGGUGACAAACCCAUGAUCGUCGUCAAUUACAAGGGGGAAGACAAGCAGUUUGCAGCUGAAGAGAUCUCAUCAAUGGUUUUAAUUAAGAUGCGCGAGAUAGCCGAAGCUUACCUCGGGUCCACAAUCAAGAAUGCUGUGGUCACUGUUCCUGCCUAUUUCAACGACUCCCAGCGCCAGGCCACAAAAGAUGCUGGUGUUAUUGCUGGCCUCAACGUCAUGCGAAUCAUCAACGAGCCCACAGCUGCUGCAAUUGCCUAUGGCCUCGACAAGAAGGCCACAAGCGUAGGCGAAAAGAAUGUCCUAAUCUUCGAUCUUGGUGGCGGCACAUUCGAUGUCUCGCUGUUGACAAUUGAAGAGGGCAUUUUUGAGGUCAAGGCGACAGCUGGCGAUACCCAUCUCGGAGGUGAAGACUUCGAUAACCGUAUGGUGAACCAUUUCGUUCAGGAAUUCAAGAGGAAGCACAAGAAGGAUAUUUCCGGAAACCCAAGGGCAUUGAGGAGGCUUAGAACGGCUUGUGAGCGUGCAAAGAGGACCCUUUCCUCCACUGCACAAACCACCAUCGAGAUCGACUCUUUGUACGAAGGUGUCGACUUUUACUCAACCAUCACCCGAGCACGAUUCGAGGAGCUCAACAUGGAUCUCUUCCGAAAGUGCAUGGAGCCCGUCGAGAAGUGCUUGAGGGAUGCCAAGAUGGAUAAAAGCUCGGUCCACGAUGUUGUCCUCGUUGGCGGGUCGACCCGUAUCCCGAAAGUCCAGCAGCUUCUCCAAGACUUCUUCAACGGGAAAGAGCUCUGCAAAAGCAUCAAUCCCGACGAAGCUGUUGCUUACGGUGCUGCCGUUCAGGCAGCCAUUCUAAGUGGCGAGGGCAAUCAGAAGGUCCAAGAUCUCCUUCUUCUCGAUGUGACCCCACUUUCUCUCGGCCUCGAGACAGCUGGCGGUGUCAUGACUGUGCUUAUUCCGAGGAACACCACAAUCCCGACUAAGAAAGAACAGGUUUUCUCGACUUACUCGGAUAACCAGCCAGGUGUGCUAAUCCAGGUGUACGAAGGCGAACGAACGAGAACCCGAGACAACAACUUGCUUGGAAAAUUUGAACUCUCGGGUAUCCCGCCUGCUCCUAGAGGAGUCCCGCAGAUCACAGUCUGCUUUGAUAUCGAUGCUAAUGGUAUUCUCAAUGUCUCGGCUGAGGAUAAAACGACUGGACAGAAGAACAAGAUCACGAUCACGAACGAUAAGGGGCGUUUGUCGAAGGAGGAAAUUGAGAAGAUGGUUCAGGAGGCCGAGAAGUACAAAUCGGAAGAUGAAGAGCAUAAGAAGAAGGUUGAAGCUAAGAAUGCUCUUGAAAACUAUGCUUACAACAUGAGGAAUACGAUCAAGGAUGAGAAGAUUGCUUCUAAGCUGCCGGAGGCUGAUAAGAAGAAGAUUGAGGAUGCAAUCGAGACUGCUAUUCAGUGGCUGGAUGGGAACCAGCUGGCAGAGGCUGAUGAGUUUGAGGACAAGAUGAAGGAGCUGGAGAGCAUUUGUAACCCGAUUAUUGCUAAGAUGUACCAGGGAGCGGGAGGUGAUGCCUCGCCCAUGGAUGACGAAGGCCCGGCUGGGCCCACCGGAGGAAGCAGUGCUGGGCCCAAGAUUGAGGAGGUGGACUAA